CGGGCGCCUCCCGCCCCUCUCCCCCGCCCCCGCGGCUGGGCUCGGCGGGCAGCGGGGCAGACGGCGGCGGAGCGCGCAGCCAUGCUGCGCCGCGGGCUCCUUCUCCUGCUUUCGCUGCUCUGUGUCCUGGGCCAAGACGGCAACUUUGAUGACUUCAGCUUAGAACAUGCACUCGAACCUACAAAGAAACCUUCUGUGUCUCAGAAGCCACCAACUCAUCACGAUGACUUUAGUUUGGAAGAUGCUGUUCUUCCUGGGGAUCCCAAGCAAGAUUCACCUACACGUCCUGGAGACCCUGAUAACCCCAGACAAGGUUCACCUGCUCAUCCUAGAGACACUGGCAGCAUUGAUGAUUCAGAUCUAUACGAUAGCACUUUACCAAGAGGACGAGAUGGUGGCGGCAGCGAUGGACGAAAGGACUCAAAUCCAAAUAAUGGUGGAGAAUCUGAGGCUUCCCAGGGAGCAGUAGCUGGAAUUGUAAGUGCUGUGGUUGCUACUGUGAUUGGAGCGGUAUCUAGCUUCAUUGCUUACCAGAAGAAGAAACUCUGUUUCAAACAAAGCGCAGAUGAAGAGAAUGUGAAUAUGGAAAGCCAUCGUGGAGCACAAUCUGAGCCACCUGUACAGCGCACGCUUCUGGAGAACUAAAUCAAGGAAAACAUGGUGAAGAACAGACCAUUAAAACUGGAUUGAGAGCCUGCUUUCUACCUGAAAAAAAAAGAAAGAAAAUAAAACCAUAAAGUAUAAUGUAAACAGCAGAGUCUGAAGAUGAAUGAGAAAAUAGUCCUUGCUUGAGGCAUCUUUGGGAGUGUGCCUGAGUACUUCUGUAUGGUUAGUCCUGUGAAGCAGUGUUGCACACUGAUAUUUGGCCUUAAUGACAGGAGUGUAGAAAUAUGUUGUGCCUUUACAUUUUUUCCUUUAUUCUUUUUGACAAAUGGGUGUGUCUCAAGUGCAUUCAGUAUGUUUAACUUUCCCUCACCUCUCCAAAAACAAUAAACAAUUAAUGUUUUGUUAUGCCAUUACUUUUAGGCAGUGCAAGCCUUUUUUAAUAUCCUGUACAAAAUGAAUGUACCAAGAAGACUUUCUUACAUCUUCACUUAAAGUGAAGAACAUUAAAAAAAAAAAAAAAAAAAGAAAGAAAAAAAGAAAAAGAAAAGAAAGAAAGAAAGAAAAGAACUUGGUAUAUAUUGUGGACACCUGACAGCAAAAAUACUACCUAGGAAAGAACAUACAUGUGUUGGAUAAUAAGGUUCACUGUGUUUGGAUACGAUAAUGCAUCUUAAUGUGGAUGCUGUUUAUAUGAUUUGUUUAGCUGCCUGGGUCAGCCACUAGGGAAAAGAUACAUGUUCUUCAGCAUCUAAGAAACAAAAAUUUAGAUUUUUUUUUUUCCUUCAUUGCAUCUGUCUGGUACAGAUUCAAAACAUCCAAACUAGUACAUACAGAUCCUUCAGCCUUUAUGGCUCUUCUUUCUGCUUAGCAAGUACUGAGCUAUUUAGAUGUAAAAAAGCCUGAUUUACAAAUGAAAAAUAUUUGAAUUUUGUACAUCAUGUGAGAUUGAUACUUGGCAAUUGUCUGAACGGUUUUGAAUGAAGUACUGGGAAGUGGAGAUUAGCAUCUUCAGGCUUACCUUACCAGAAAUUUAGCAGCACUAAGAAAGCAGAAACAGUACUACAACUUGGAAGAUCAUAAUACCAAGACUGACGACAACCCAACCUAACUCUACAAGCAUCCACUGGACAGCAUAAAUAACAAACGUGAUGAGUACUUUUGGACUUGUAAAGGAUUGCCGUCAGGAAGAAAGAGGCUAUGGCUGCAUCCUCGACUGAAAUCACUUAGGAGCUUUGCUAUACCUCUUGAAAGCCACAAAAAAGUUUCCAGUAUCUGCAGAAACAUGGAAAACUGCUCACCUGUAACAGUCAAAGGACUGAGUCUGGAAUAAUAACUAGUGGUGUGUGAAAGCAAUAGCCUGACCAGUUCUGUUGGCUUUCAUUCUAACUGUUUCCAAUUUUCAUGCAGUUUUACAGUAUGUAUCUUAGUAAUGUGCUUUAGCCACUUUGCAAAGUUAUAGAGAAAGAUGACAUUGCAUGGAACAUCCAGGAAAUCAUUAUCACUUUGGAUUUUAAACCUUUAAAUAUCUACAUUCAAAUAUAAAUGUAUGUCAAGGGUAAUUCAAGAAUUUGUUACAUGUGUUUCUUGGCUUACCGCAAAUCUUUACACCAGUUUUAGUCUUUUGUUAUGGAAUUAAUUUGUAAACCUAUUUUUCCCCAUUUUAUUUUUAGCAUAAAAAAUGCUAAAACCUUUAAGUAUAUUCAAGGGUGGAGAAGUGAUUUAUAUGUAAAACGUUUGAUAUAUGUAAAUACCAACAAAGGAAAUGUACUGUUUACCUGUAUGAAUGAACAGCUAUCUCAUAUCAAUGCCAAAUGCAGAGAAAACAGAAAUAGGGCAGUGUUUGUCAGGGACAGAAGUAGGGAUGGGGGGGAGCUUCAACUAGCUUUUAGCUAACCAGACUCUUGAAUCCUUCUUCAGCUUUUGCAAGCCAAAAAAACUAUUCACUAAACCCUCCUACCAAAAUUGUGAUUUUUAAAAAAUAAAUUAAAAAAAAAGAAAAAAUAAAAUGUUUAAGUAUUUUGCUUUUUAGUGGCUCUAGAAAUAAAAAAGUUGGGGGCUGUACCAGAGAAGUUGUCUUCAAUGGGAGAUUCUUGCUCUUCCAUCAGCAAAACAGAUUUAUUUUUUACGAAGUCUCAAUCAAAUGAGAAGGAAGUUGGCCAGUAGCCACAAAGCCACAAGUGCUUUCACAGAGUGUUUACAAUAUGAAGUGCCUCGGAGGACAUCUUCUAUGUGAAUGACAAAAACAACCAAAACACUUAGAUUUUGUAACACAAAAUAAAAUGGAAAAUACAUGCAGAAAUAGUGCUUGGUCUAGACAUACAAAAAUGGCAAAGAGAAGGGUGUUUGUGUUCCCCAUCCAGAUAUUGGUGCCUUUAGGAGCAGACACCCUUGCAGUGAUUCUUGUGUCCUUUACACCCUUUGACGUGAGAGGACCAAGCCCAAAUGAGAUGGCAGUGCAGUGGUUGCCAACUGGCUAAAUAGUAACAAACUUGCUGAAUUUUUCAGUAUAAACGGACAUAGAUUGCUGUGUGAAAUUUAGGCACAGCUACCUUCUCCUCCACAAAGCAGCCAAACCUAAAGAUGAUGCUUGGAGGGAAGGUAUAUCAUAAGGCUGAUAUGAGCAGCCCUCUCCUCUUACUUUGUCCUUUUAUGGCUUUGGAGGCUGGAAUUGUCCCAGAAGGACAGAAGAUUGGCUGCUGCCUCCUAGAGAGGAACAAGUAAAGAGGAGAGCUGAAAGGCUUUAAAUCUCAGGCUAGUCUCUUGUUACGAGAAAGAAACCGCUGUUUUGUGGGCUUCUGUUAGCCAUCUGUGGCUAACACCUAGGAGUUCACUAUUUUUUCAGGUACUAGAGUGUUAACCGGAAUAUAUCACUAAAUGCCACACCACUCUACCAUUUGAAACUUCGAUCUCUUGUCUUCCUAGCCAGAUUGCUAUUGCAUUGCCUAGCUAAAUAUCCUCAUUCAUUAGUUCUCACAUUUACUGCGUCAAAGAACAUCAGUCAACAAUUCGUUCUCACCCCACUGAACUAUAUUCGUGGUCAUCUUCCACAGAUCAGCUGCUGCCCGUCAUGGCCUUGUGUGUUCUCUGUGAAUCACAGAGAAUUUGGGAAUUAGUCCUGGUUUUGAGAUGGGUUUCAAUUAGAAAGUGCAGUGGAAUGAAAAAAAUACUGCUCUUUCCAGGCCCAAACUAUAAGUUUCACUCCUGUGAAGUACCUUCACCAUUAAAAUAAAUGAGUUUAAA